CUCUGACAUGUAUAUAAACUCUGAGCUCUCCAAAGCCACUGCCAGUUCUCUUCGUGGACUAACUGCAACGGAGAGACUAAAGAUGAUUCCCUUCUUACCUAUAUUUUCUCUACUCUUGCUGGUUGUUGUUAACCCUGCAAACGCCAAUGGCCAUUAUGAUAAGAUUUUGGCUCAUAGCCGAAUCAGGGGCCGGGAUCAGGGCCCAAAUGUCUGCGCCCUUCAACAGAUUUUAGGCACCAAAAAGAAAUAUUUCAGCACUUGUAGGAAUUGGUACCAAGGUGCCAUCUGUGGAAAGAAAACGACUGUGUUAUAUGAAUGUUGCCCUGGUUACAUGAGAAUGGAAGGAAUGAAAGGCUGCCCAGCAGUUUUGCCAAUUGACCAUGUUUAUGGCACUCUGGGCAUCGUGGGAGCCACCACAACACAGCGCUAUUCUGAUGUCUCAAGACUGAGGGAAGAAAUUGAAGGAAAGGGAUCAUUCACUUACUUUGCACCGAGUAAUGAGGCUUGGGACAACUUGGAUUCUGAUAUCCGGAGAGGCUUGGAGAGUAAUGUAAAUGUUGAAUUACUGAAUGCUUUACAUAGCCAUAUGGUUAAUAACAGAAUGUUGACCAAGGACUUAAAAAAUGGCAUGAUUAUUCCUUCAAUGUAUAACAAUUUGGGGCUUUUCAUUAACCAUUAUCCUAAUGGGGUUGUCACUGUUAACUGCGCUCGAAUCAUCCAUGGGAACCAGAUUGCAACAAAUGGUGUUGUACAUGUCAUUGACCGUGUCCUUACACAAAUUGGUACCUCAAUUCAAGACUUCAUUGAAGCAGAAGAUGACCUCUCAUCUUUUAGGGCAGCUGCUAUCACAUCUGAUAUACUCGAGUCCCUUGGAAGAGAUGGUCACUUCACACUCUUUGCUCCCACCAAUGAGGCUUUUGAGAAACUUCCACGAGGUGUCCUAGAAAGGAUCAUGGGAGACAAAGUGGCUUCUGAAGCUCUCUUGAAGUACCACCUUUUGAACACACUCCAGUGUUCUGAAGCUAUCAUGGGAGGAGCAGUCUUUGAGACUCUGGAAGGAAACACCAUUGAGAUAGGAUGUGACGGUGACAGCAUAACAGUAAAUGGAAUCAAAAUGGUGAACAAAAAAGAUAUCGUGACAAAUAAUGGUGUCAUCCAUUUGAUUGAUCAGGUCCUAAUUCCCGAUUCUGCCAAACAAGUUAUUGAGCUGGCUGGAAAUCAGCAAACCACUUUCACAGACCUCGUGGCCCAGUUAGGCUUGGCAUCCGCUCUGCGGCCAGAUGGGGAAUAUACUUUGCUGGCACCUGUGAAUAAUGCAUUUUCAGAUGAUACUCUGAGCAUGGAUCAGCGGCUUCUUAAAUUAAUUCUGCAAAAUCACAUAUUGAAGGUAAAAGUUGGCCUUAAUGAGCUUUACAAUGGACAAAAGCUUGAAACCAUUGGAGGCAAACAGCUCAGAGUUUUCGUCUAUCGUACAGCUGUCUGCAUUGAAAAUUCAUGCAUGGUGAGAGGAAGCAAACAAGGAAGAAAUGGUGCUAUUCAUAUAUUCCGAGAAAUCAUCAAACCAGCAGAGAAAUCCCUCCACGAAAAAUUAAAACAAGAUAAGCGCUUUAGUGUCUUCCUCAGCCUACUUGAAGCUGCAGACUUGAAAGAGCUCCUGACACAACCCGGGGAUUGGACUUUAUUCGUUCCAACCAACGAUGCCUUUAAGGGAAUGACAAAUGAAGAAAAGGAAAUUCUGAUUCGUGACAAAAAUGCCCUUCAAAACAUCAUCCUUUAUCACCUAACACCAGGCGUUUUCAUUGGAAAAGGAUUCGAACCUGGUGUUACUAAUAUUCUGAAGACCACACAAGGAAGCAAAAUCUAUCUGAAAGGAGUAAAUGAUACACUUCUGGUGAACGAAGUGAAAUCAAAAGAAUCUGACAUCAUGACAACAAACGGUGUCAUUCAUGUUGUAGAUAAACUCCUCUACCCAGCAGACACACCUGUUGGAAAUGAUCGGCUGCUGGAAAUACUUAAUAAACUGAUCAAAUACAUCCAAAUUAAGUUUGUUCGUGGUAGCACCUUCAAAGAAAUCCCCAUGACUGUUUACACAACUAAAAUUAUAACCAAAGUUGUGGAACCAAAAAUUAAAGUGAUUGAAGGCAGUCUUCAGCCUAUUAUCAAAACUGAAGGACCCACAAUAUCAAAGGUCAAAAUUGAAGGUGAACCUGAGUUCAGACUGUUUAAAGAAGGUGAAACAGUAACUGAAGUGAUUCAUGGAGAGCCAAUUAUUAAAAAAUACACUAAAAUCAUUGAUGGAGUGCCUGUGGAAAUAACUGAAAAAGAGACAAGGGAAGAACGAAUCAUUACAGGUCCUGAAAUAAAAUACACUAGGAUUUCUACUGGUGGUGGAGAAACAGAAGAAACUUUGAAGAAAUUGUUUCAAGAAGAGGUCACCAAGGUCACCAAAUUCAUUGAAGGUGGUGAUGGUCAUUUAUUUGAAGAUGAAGAAAUUAAAAGACUGCUUCAGGGAGAUACGCCUGUGAGGAAGAUACAAGCCAACAAAAGAGUUCAAGGAUCUAGAAGACGAUCAAGAGAAGGUCGUUCUCAAUGAAAAUUCCAGCAAUCAGACAACAAAGUUUAUUUGACCCUAAAUGAAUAGCCUGAUUUUAAAAGAAAAUUAUGAGAGCCAUACUGACUUCAGGAAAUGAUCCACCAGCACAAAAAAGCAAUCAUUGAACACUUCUGAAUACAAAUCUCACCUUUUUUUCUCUGAAUGAAAUUGUGGGGUUAAUCUCCUGUAGGAUAGGUACUGAAGGAAAUAGAACACCUUACAUACAGGUUUUUAUAUCUUGAAAUUUAAAAUUCUGGCUAACUUUGGAAUCCACCAAAGAAAAUUCUUGUCAAUGGAUUUAUUACGAUUUAAAUCUCAUAUUCCGUUGAGAAGAUUGAGCCUUGAAUCUAAGAGACAGAUAAAAUGUAUGCAAGCAGGUACCUCUCUUGAGAAGCUAAGUUAUAAAAAUGGGUGCUCAGUAUUAAAAAAUAACAAAACUUUUACUUCAAAAGGCUUUGCACUUUUCUAAUACAAUGUGGGUUUACCAGUAAAUUAUGUUAUUUCUACAACUAAUUUUGUACUCUUGAAAUGUUUGUCAUAUGCUUUUUGUAAUACAUAUUUUUUAUCUCAAACAUUUCAAUAAAACAUUUUCUUUCAGUUAUAAACGGAAAUACUUUAAAUUGGGUAGUUCAGAAAACUCAAGGUUUAAAUUAAUAAGUGGUUUGGACUUGGGAACAGGACUUUAUACCUCUUUUUUUUUUAUAACAAAUACUCAUUAAAGGAAAUUGAAUGAA